AUGCUCUAUGGAUCGGCGGCGGACGUGCUUCAGAAUGCGCCGCGAUUGGUGCGCGGCGGUGGACGGCCCGCGGACAUCAACAGCGAGCUCUCGGCCGCCAGUGCAGACUCGUUCGACGAGUUCCCGGACGUCGACUGCUCGCCCCUCGCAAACACGCAGACCAAUCUCAGCAGGCUCGUCAGCAAUAGCCUCAACCUCGCUACCAUCAACUUCAAGAUCUUCUACCUCAAGAUAAAGAGCGAUUACCACCGCUACCUAGCCGAGUUCAAGGCCGGGGCCAAGCGCAAGGAGGCCGCCGAGAACACCCUCGCCGCCUACAAGGCCGUUCAGGAUAUUGCUCUGACGGAGUUGGCGCCGACGAAUCAUGCAUACCAAUUGUUUGAUGAAAUGCCUAAGAUGUAUUAUUGA